AUGAGAAAUAAAACACCAACUAAAGACUACAUUACAGAUAAAAUUUUAAGUAGAAUUCAAUCAAGCAAUAUCUAAAUUUAUGAUUAAGAUUAAGGAAAAAUGAUUUUUGAAACAAAAAAAAAGAAAUUGUGUUGUGAAUCAUGUUUACAAUAAGAUGUCAAAUUUCUACCUAAUAGGAUAAACAAAAAAAUAACAAACCCUUAAGUGAUAGAAAUGUUCAGGAACUUUAUUAAAAUGGAGUGAAACAUUAUAAACUUGGAUAUUUUAAUUUAGAUCCUAUAUCUAUAUAAUAUGAUGGGAAAUAUGAAAGAUUGCGUUUAGAUCAUUUUGAAGUUGUUGAAAAGUUGCUUUUUCACUUGAAAUUAAAAGAAAAAUUCUAAAGUAAUAUCAAGAAUGUUUUAUUUAAGAUAGAAUAAAAUAUACGAGAUAAUCACAAUUUGUUAAAUAUCCUUUUACAAUAGGAAACUCCUUUUCGAGAUUAAAUUGAGAAGAUUUAGAAACACAAUUAGGCUGUUAUUGCAUUAUGUGUUUCAUAAGAAUCAGAUACAUAUUUUGAUGAUGAAAUUUAACAAUCUUAAGUUAAUUAUUAAAUUGCUAUAAAUGAAUAAGAAAGAACUAUAUUUAGAUUGAAAACUUAAGUUCAACAUCAAAAUGUUUUGAUUCAUAAAAUUCAAUAAAGUAUUAAUGAACCUAUGCUUGGGAUGGCUGGUUUAUUAAAUUAAGUUGGUUAAUUUAAAUAGAAGAUAGAAGAAUUAAAUAAGUAGAUUGUGCAUUCUAUUUUAGAUAAAAUAAAGAAUCUAUUAUAGAAAUAUCCUACAUUAUUUAGAGAUAUAACAGCCAAUAAUAUAAUUAAUAUAAAAGAAUUUUAAUAUGAUUUGGAAUAGUUAUAUUUAUUGUAUAGUUAGGGUAAAUAAUACGAGAAGAAUAUGAGUGCACUUUAAAAUUAAUAUGAUAGUCUUUUUAAGGAACUUUAAGAUGAAAAAAUAAAUUAAUCUAAAAUAAAAUAAGAAGCAUUUAAUAAAGAUCCGAAACUAAAGAGAAUAAUAGAGGAUCUUUCUAGAUUGAUAUUAUCGAAAGAUUCAAAUGAAUUAAGAGAGUUAAUAAAAGAGUUGUAUUUAAAGAAUCAUUAAGAUAUUAUAUAAGAUUAAGAGAGAUAAAUACAAGCAUUAAAAGAUUAAGUCAAUUAAAUAGUAUAAUAUUAUAAAUUAUAGAGGGUGUUGAAUAUGAGAAUUUCAGAACUUCAGUGAGACAUUCAGAUAAUAAAGCUCCUUAUUUUGAAGAGGAUUAAUAUACUUAAUCUUUAUUUACUUAAGCUUAGGCUAUAGAAUAAUGUUUAUUGAAAAUGAAAUGA